AUGGAGGGUAACAAGGACGAAGCAGCUCGGUGUAUCGAUUUGGCAGAAAUCUACAUCAAAGAAAAGAACAGAGAAAAAGCUGAAAAAUUCCUACACAAAGCUGAGAAACUAUUCCCCACACAAAAAGCAAAAGAUCUACUUUUCAAAAUCAACCUGAUGGCUCCAAAAUCUUCACCAGAGCCCAUGGAGCCUAGAAAAAGAAAUGUACCCCAGAAGCCCCAACAAGAGGAAAGAAAAGCCCCAGAGUACUCGGUGGAACAGAAAGAAAUAGUGGACAAAGUGAAAAAGUGCAAGGACUACUAUGAGAUUCUUGGGAUAAGCAAGGAUGCUACUGAUUCUGAGAUCAAAAAAGCUUAUAAAAAGCUUGCACUGCAGAUGCAUCCUGACAAGAACAAAUAUCCUGGGGCUGCUGAAGCCUUCAAAGCAGUUGGCAACGCCGUGGCCGUCCUCACCGACCCAGAGAAACGCAAACAGUACGACCUCUAUGGUGCAGACGACGAACGCGUCUCGUCACGUGGGGGCCACCAUCACCACGCCUACACGAGGGGCUUCGAAUCGGACGCCACUGCCGAGGAGCUCUUCAACAUGUUCUUCGGCUCUGGCCUGUCCGGCUCGAACGUGUACGUCCGGAGGGGGGGCCGGUGGCAGAGGCAAACUACCGGAGGCGGCGGACAUCAUCAGCCGGAGCACAGGGGGCACAGGGAGCAACAAAACGGAUACACCGCAUUCAUACAAAUUCUACCCAUACUGCUUGCAAUUCUACUGUCUAUGGCCUCUAGUCUCUUCAUUUCUGAUCCAGCUUAUAGUCUUCAAUCCAGUUCGAAAUAUCCAAUAAUGCGAAAGACCCAAAACCUGAACGUCCCCUACUACGUGAAGGAAAACUUCCACAUGGAAUACCAGGGGUCAGUCAAACGUCUGGAGAUGUCCGUGGAAGAGGACUACGUGGCAACGCUGAAGCACGCCUGCUACAGGGAGAAGAGUUACAAGGAAUCGAUGAUAUGGAAAGCAAGGAACUUCGGAGAUCAGGAACUUUACCACAACGCACAGAACAUAAAGAUGCCAUCUUGCGAACAACUACAGAAUCUACGAGGGAGAUAG